UAAGAGUACCUAAAAUGAAAUUCCUCACCAUUACUACCUUUAUCGCCGUGCUGGUGUUUGCUUGCGCURAUGUCUCAGAGUUGGGAUACGGUUACAAUCAACCCGCUGCCAGCGCACCUGUCAACUCCUAUAUUCCACCAGCCGCCAAUGCACCCGUGCCAGCCUACGCCCCGGCACCAGCUCCCGCUUAUCAACCAGCUCCUGCAGCAUCUGCGCCCUCUUUUUCGUACCUUGCACCACAACCUGCUGCUUCCGAUGUCUAUGAACAGCCUGCUGAGGAUGGCUACAGAUACCGUACUGUCCGUCGCCGUGUCUACAAACAACGCCGUUACUAA